AAUUACAUAAUUUCGUCAAUUAAUAUGUAUGUACCAGUUGCCAUUGUCUCUCACAGUAUCGUGUCAACGUUCCCAGUCGUCUCAGCACAUCAGUGGUUGCCACACGUCCGACAUGAUGGCCCUCCUAUUGCCCACCGUCUUCCUUCUCGUCGCCCACACCGCGUCUUCCCAAGUCUUCAAUGGGUCCAAAGCAAUCAACUGGUCGGCCGGAGAUGCGACCUCGCUCGAGGUCAAGUAUGGCCAUGUCGCCAUCGACAAUGGGACUCGGAUGACGACCAAUCAGGUCUCCGAACCACCCACGACCGUCAAGUGGAACGCUGACCCGAAUAAAUUCUAUGUUCUUGCCAUGAUUGAUCCCGACGCUCCCGCCUAUUUUGUCCCGCUCUUUGGCGAAACCGUACACUGGAUGGUGGUCAACAUUCAGGGCGACGAUAUCUCGACGGGAGAACAAUUAGCGUCUUAUCUUCCCCCAAGUCCUCCGAUAGGCGGUGGUGCCCACCGAUUCGUCUUUGUCGUGUAUGAACAACCCGAGUUGAAAGGUGUCCGGAUAGGAUUCACUUUUACGGAAAAGUUUGACGCCACGGUGCGAUCCCGGUACAGAUUUUCCAUGCGGACGUUCGCCAACACGUACAACCUUGGGGAACCCAUUGCGCAAAACUAUUUUACCGCGGGAUGGCUCGACACUCCUCUGCUGAUUGGGGUGUAGUGUGAAUUUUGUGAAAAAGGGGAAACUUUUUGGAAAAUUGUUAAAUUUGGAAUGAUGUUUGGCUGCUAUUAAAAGAAUUUUGAAAUAUAA